CGAUCAGUCGGUUGAGACGCCGAUUUGAGAACCGUGGACAGUUCUUGAAUUUGGGAGGGAGAAGUUCGCAAGUGUGCGACCGGAUUCCCGAAAAGUUAUAAACAUGGCCACUCAAAUGGUCAACCAGUCUACAGGUAACAGCUUGUUCUGUACCAGCACCUACUCCAAUAUUUCAUUGGACAAUGACAUGUAUGGGUUGCAUGACCUUUCAAAAGCUGAUAUGGCAGCCCCUCGAUUGAUAAUGCUAGCAAAUGUGGCUCUGACUGGCGAACUCAGUAGUGGUUGCUGUGAUUACACGCCAGAAGGAGAAAGGCAAAUGGCAGAACUAACAACUGUAAAUGACAACAGCUUCUCAGAUAGUGAGGGGGAUAGGUUGGAAGAUUCACCCAGCAUGGAUAUUCAGUCACACAAUUUUAUAAUGGAGAUGGAGCCAGCUGAAUGUUCAAAAGAAGGAACGUCUGAAAAUGAUGGAACUCUACUCUCUAAUACACUUGAGGUGGAGGUUCAAAAGGAUAAAAGGACACCCAGCCCAACAGAUGACAAAUACAAAUGUGUGAAAAGCAAACCAUUUCGGUGCAAACCUUGUCAGUACAAAGCAGAGUCUGAAGAAGAAUUUGUUCAUCACAUUAAGAUUCACAGCGCUAAGAUAUAUGUUGAUAAUGACUCAAAUAAAAAAGCGCAGGGUAAUGAGGCAGAUUCUAGCAUAUCGGAGGAAUCUGAUGUCUCCAAAGGACCUAUUCAGUGUGACAGGUGUGGAUACAAUACAAAUCGUUUUGAUCACUAUCUGGCUCAUUUAAAGCAUCACAACAAAGCUGGAGAAAAUGAAAGAGUAUACAAAUGUACAAUAUGUACUUAUACUACAGUCAGUGAAUAUCACUGGAAGAAACAUCUACGUAACCAUUAUCCAAGGAUACUCUAUACAUGCUCACAAUGUUCCUAUUUUUCUGAUAGGAAAAAUAAUUAUAUCCAGCAUAUAAGAACACAUACAGGUAAAACUUUUUCAUUUUACUAUUAAUUCGUUUCAUAUUGUGCAGCUUGAAUUAGCUCCUUGUUGCCUUUCUGUUAACUGAUUAUGACUUUUAUAGUGUAGUUUUUACUAAAUUAUACUAUGUACAUUGCAAAGUCAUUCUUCAAUGUAAAAUGUUAUUCUUCAACUAAUAAAUGCCAUUUUUUAAUAGGUGUAAUAAUGGCAUUAUCCUGUGCUUUUAGAAACAGCCAGCACUGCUAAGUGGAACUGUAUGCAGUUUGUAUUGUUUCUCCCAUUCUGUGUUAUUAAGAGCCAUAGGUUGUGAAACUUUUUCAUAUUUUUCAUUCAUUUUUAUCACAAAUUUGGAACCUUCUUCAGCAUGCUUUAUAAAAGAGUUAAGGGGGUCUUGGCUGUCAGAUGUAAUUGCGCUUUUACUCUACAUUGUUUUUGUGACCUGGUGCCCCCUCACCUUUGCACCCUAGGCAUGUGCCUCUCAGGGCCGGAUUUACCCUCCUUGUGAUUCUGCACCUCCAGCAAAUCUGCAAGUUGACUAUGACAUAUUUCUCUACAUGGCCGAUAUACAGCAGAUCUGCAGGGGAAAUAUUAAAUGUACAUACCAGCUAAGGAACAGAUCAGCUUGCUGGGACACACGCAGCACAGCAGAGGCAGCAGCAGCACGAGCACAGAGAGGUGUGGGAGGGGGCGGAGCCACAGCGGGAGAUAGGCUGGAGGAGCGGUCCUAAAGCCAGCCGGAUCUAUCAGGAGCAGCCGACUUACACAAGAUGUUAAGGGGCGCCUUCUUGCCGCCCUAGGCCCGGGCCUAGGGGGCCUUUCCCUAAAUCCGGGCCUGGUGCCUCUUCAGCCUACCCCUAGUUCUGACCCUAUUCUGGAUGUAUGUAUUUAUACACACACAUACUAUUUGAGAAAAUAAAUUUUUUUACUUAGAAAACAAA